UAGCGCCGCUCUAGACCGUCAAGCUGCGAUCUUAGACAUAAUCUUCCUUUUUCUUAUACUUUUGGAUUAUUUGUAUGGCGGCUGACAACGGGAUGUUUUUCAACUGUCUUUGGAUAGCCUUACCUCAUCUUGACAUUGGGAUAAAAUAAUAACGCGAGAUACCAUUGAAGGAGCUGUUCUUACAUCCACUAAACUCGACCUCGUUAAGGUCCUUGCAUUUCACUUUUGGCAGGUUUUCUCGACGGAGAAGUUUCACUAUAGUCUCCCCGAAUCUCCCCGUAACGGAUGAACCCAUUUCUGGAUGUCUAUUCACACCAGACGAUCACCCAAGAUGGACAACAAUAAUAGGCCCCGAAGCAUGGACCCCAAUACACUGGAGGCCCUAGCUUCCUCAUUGAGAGACCUGAGUGAAGAUUACAGCAUGUCACCGUACCGUCCUCGGACUGAGCGUCGUUCGUUGACUCGCUCUGAGGGGCUAGCCGCUAAUACCUCCAGCGUGACCGGAACCUCCUCUUCAUCGACUCAUACCACACCCGCGGAAUCGUCCUCGGGUACGGCGUCCCCAUUGACAGCGAGGGCCUCGGUAACAGCAGCGACUUAUCCCAUAGCAUCAAGUACUGCUGCACAAUAUCCAUCCACAGGUGCCAGUUACAUGACUCCAUCCAGUGCAGCAGCGUCUCAUCCGUACACAGGCUCAACCUCGAGCUACGGGGAUCGAUCUAAUACCUCUUACGGUGCUACAUCCGGGGUGGGUUCAUACAGCGUGGAACCCCGGGGAAGGUCUGCGUCACCAUACACUACUGGUGUAGCUACAACCUUCACAGCAAAGCCGGUGUUGGAGAAGAAACCCUCCCGAGAGGGCAGCGCAAUUAAGACUAUUUCGCGGCAAAGUUCCCUCGGCAGUUUCCCAGACAAGUAUAAAUUCACGGAUGAAAAGCAAAUGGCCUCCAUGAUUUCUGGAUUGCAGGCGCUUUAUAAGGAUAAACAGUUGGUAGAUGUUAUUCUCUGUGUGGGUGACGAGGAGUUCCCAUGUCAUCGUUGCGUCCUGGCCUCUUCGAGUCCCUACUUUCAGGCCAUGUUCACUGCAGACCUGGCCGAGAGUAGACAGGACAGGAUAAGCAUAGGUGUGGUUGAUACUCCAUCUCUGCGUCUCGUCCUAGACUAUAUCUACACUACAACUAUUGAGAUUAACGAAGACAACGUACAGGGCCUCCUACUAGCGGUCAACAUGUUCCAAAUGGAUACCCUUCGAGACGCAUGCGCACACUUCUUGGAAAGACACGUGACUCUGUCCAACAGCAUCGGCAUCUACUUUUUUGCCGUUGCCCACGACUGCACACGUCUGCAGGAGCUUUCCAUCGACAUGAUCAGUGAUAACUUCACUGAAGUCUGUAAGGAAGAGGAGUUCCUACAGCUCACCAAAGAUCGGCUGAUUGACCUCUUGAGUCGCGAUGACCUCAAUGUCGACCAAGAGGAGACUCUGUAUGAAGCAUCAAUCGCCUGGGUCAGGGACGAUCUCGACAACAGACGCGGUGAUCUCCUUGACGUCAUAAGCCACGUGAGAUUCGCUCUGAUAAGCCCGUACUACAUUCAUGACGUGGUAGAGAGAGAUCGACUUAUCGUCCAUAAUAAAUCAGUUCAGCAUCUGAUCGACGCUGCCCUGCAGUACCACGUUCUGAGAGAUCGCCGUCAGGACUUGGACCUGACCAAGUUGAACACCAACACCAGAAGAGGGAUGCCCAUCAAGGACAUGUUUGUCUUCCUCACACAUCACGUAGAGUCCAUACCGGAAACGUGGACGAAUGACCGUUACAGAAUCAAGCCUCUACCCGACAUGAUAGAGUACGCUGAGUGCGUCGUCUCCGGGGAAAACAACCUCUUCGUCGCUGGUCGGUCGCCGCAAGAGUUUAGCGGCAGACGCUUCGCCCAGCGUCGUGGUGGCCUGUUCCAAUACGACCACUUUGACAAGAAGUGGCUACCGCGUGGUGCGAUGAAUAUCCCGCGCAAUUAUUUCAGCAUGGCCGUACUAGACGGUAUGAUCUAUGCAAGUGGUGGGGCCAGUACGGACGGUAUCCUGAAUAGCAUGGAGUGCUACAACACUAGUACCAACGUCUGGCGUCAGGUCACACCGAUGCCCCAAGCUGCCAGGAGUCACUGCAUAGCUGCUGUCGGUGGGAAGCUCUAUGCCUUAGGAGGUGAGACUAAUGACACUAUCCUAGACAAUGUCCAAUGUUAUAACCCACGCUUCGACUCGUGGACUUCUCUUAACACCAUGAUUCUGCCACGUACGAGUUCGGGAGUUGCCGUCCUGAACCGAGAGAUCUACAUGCUUGGAGGGAGCGUAGCCCUCGGUGAGAAGCAACCUGAGAACAUGCUGAAGUCCGUGGAGAUCUUCAACCCGGACCGUAACGAGUGGAGAUUCGGCCCGGAGCUACCGGAGGGUAAGGUGAACUACUGUGCGGUCAAUCACAGCGGGAAACUCUACGUGUUUGGUGGCGACACGGGGGAGGAAUCAGCAGGAGUAAUACAGAGCAAGGUUUACCGACUUGAUGUUGAGAACUUCUCCUGGGUUGAAGACAAAGGUGACUGGCCAAACUUACAGCCACCUUUUAACUGUGUCUUGGCACGACUGAACAAAAACUCGUAAAAUCAAGCCGCACAAAAAAAGAAAAAAA